CAAGUGCACAGGACCCUGGAGGCCUCCCACAUUUUGAGAGGAGAUUUCGUGAUACUGGUGAUAACCUGGUGUCAUACAGGGAGACAGCUGCUUGGCCUUAGUGCAGGCCCGGGUGACCACGAUCCGCCUGUGCAACGCCAGCUGGGAAAUGCAGUCUGGCCCGGGCACGACGCCAACCACCUGGCUGCCUACAAAUCCCAGCACGCCGGGGAGUGGAGCUGCACCCCAUCCUGGCUCCUGCCUGCUUCCUGCCGGCGCGGGGAGGGGGAAAUAUAAACAGAGGCGUCUAGGGCAGAGCUGGGAUGCUGCUGCUGGACGGGCUGUGCUGCGGAGCAGAGGCAGCACUCGGGGAGCUGAAAACUGAAGAUGGCAGAGCCUGAAAACACAGUCAUAAACACCAAUGUGAAACAGAAAGACCCCAGCAAGGCACUGGUCAUUGCUGUGACCACCAGAGCCAUCUUCAACCUGGAGCAGGAGCACAAACUCUACCUGGAGAGGGGCAAAGAGGAGUACACAAGGCACCAGCAGGCCAACCAGCACAAGCCUCUCCCACCAGGCACAGCCUUUGCCUUCAUCCAGGCAGUGCAGUAUGUGAACAAGAAGAUGCUGGAGAGCAACCCAGCAGAGAAGGACCUCUUUGACAUCCUGGUGCUCUCCAACAACAGCCCAGAGAGCGGAGUACGCAUCAUCAACAGCGCCAAACACUACGGCCUAGAGAUCUCCAAGUUCUGCUUUGUCAGUGAUGAGGACUCCACACAGUACCUGAAGUCCCACGGGGUCAAGCUCUUCCUUUCAGCUGACAGGACAGAUGUCUGCAAUGCCCUCCAGAGAGGGGUCUCGGCAGCGCUCGUUUUCCAGCAAGAGGUGCAGGCCCCCAGCACCCCACUCCGCGUGGUGUUCGAUGGGGAUGCCGUGCUCUUCUCCGACGAGACGGACCAGAUCUUCCAGGAGCAGGGCCUGGAGGGGGCAGUGCAGUACGAGCAGGCGAUGGAGGCCGUGCCCAUGGGAGAGGGUCCCCUGAAGACUUUUGCCAUGCACCUUGGGAAGAUGCGCAGGAAGUUCAGCCAGGAAAAAUCUCCCAUCCGCACCUACCUGGUGACUGCGCGCAGCGGCCGGGACAUGGGCGUCCGAGCCAUCAAGACACUCCGGGAAUGGGGCCUGGCCAUCGAUGAGGCUUUCUUCAUGGAUGGGGCUCCCAAAGGUCCCAUCCUCGCCCAGAUCCAGCCUCACAUUUUCUUUGAUGAUGGGCUUCAUAACAUCCAAGGGGCUCAAAAUGUGGGUGUGCCCUCUGCCUGGGUCCCCCCCUGCUUCUGAUGGGCUGCAGGCCAGCAGUCCUCCUUCCCAGCCACACAGGAGACAGGGCCAGUUGGAGGCAAAAUUUCUGGUGGAGAAGGAGAGAUUUCCUGACAUGCAGCAAGUAAAUCUCAGGAAAAGGGGACAUGUGCGUGGACUCCCAUGCAAAACUUGAUGCUCAUUUCUGCUCCUGGUAUGGAGGUCCUUUAGGUCUUAGGGUAAAGCUAAAAGAUGCUCUAGGACAGAAAGACACCUUUCCUGUGACACUGAGGACUACACCUACCUGCCCGGUAGGACCUGGGGACUUUUCUCAAAGAAUUAAGUGAAGCUAAUGCCACACACAUGAGCUAAAGGAAGCUUUAAAAAUGGUAGCUUUGGCUGUUCUCAGGCAGUCUCCAAGAUAGAGCAGCACAGAAAGGACAUCAGCCUGUUGAGGCGAGUCCAGAGAAGAGCCAUCAAGAUGAGUAGAGGGAUGAAACAGCUCUCCUAUGAGGAAAAGCUGAGAGAAUUGGGUUGGUUUGGCUUGGAGAAGGCUUCAGGGUGACCUAAUUGCAGCCUUCUGGUAUCUGAAGGGGCCUACAAGA